AUGUCUACAACACUUGGAAAACGCAAGCGGCGAGCUCCGGAAGAAGAUGCAACUCCAAGAUAUCAGAGCGAGGAGUCAGGAACGGAAGAGCUGGAUGCGCAGGAAAUAUUUAGGCGGCACUUUGAGGCGCAAUUCAAACCCCUUCCCGUGGUGCAGAAAGCUGUAGUUGUGGAAGAGAGCUCGGACGAAGAAUCAGUGGAAGACUCGGACUGGAGUGGAAUAUCAGAUGGGGAGGAGAAUGGAGUCCUGGUAGUGGAGCACGAGGAUGCGCAGACACGGAUGGCAGCAAUGUCCAAGGAGGAGCUCAAAUCAUUCAUGAGUUCGAAAGUUCCGAAGAUCACACCCGCCGUAUCCAUCAUCCGCGACCAGGCCGGUAGCAAGAUAGACGACGACGAUGCCUCCGAAGCUGCCAAUCUCAAGAAAGACCUUGCCCUCCAGCGACUUCUGACCGAGUCCCACCUCCUAGACUCCUCCUCCAAUCCCACCCUCAGUGGCACCAACCGGCACAAAGCUACCGAUCUGCGACUGCAGGCGCUGGGGUCCAGGACCUCUAUAUUCAAGCAGGAGAAGAUGCCCAUGUCGCAUCGCAAGGGAAUUGCCUCCAAGGCGGCUGAGAAGGAAGCCAAGCGCAGACAAGAAGCCAAAGAGAACGGCAUCAUCUUGGAGAAAGCAAAGACGGGCACCAAGAAGACUAGUGCUGGGAAAAGAGAUAGGGGCGUUGGUGCGCCUGGCGUGGGAAGGUUCUCCGGAGGUACUUUGACACUAAGUAAGAAGGAUAUCUACGAGAUUGAGGGGCCGAAACGCACGCCUGGUGUGAAAGGCGGGAGAGGCGGUGGGCGAGGAGGCGGGAGGGGUAGGGGGAAACGUGGUCGAUGA